AUUACGUCAUUUAACUACAACCCAUGUUGUGACAAGAUGGCGGACACAUGACUUCUAACAAAUAUGCCGGUUACCCCCGUCGAAGCUGAACCCCCGACCUUAGAUGAGUUUGAUCUGCUGCUAGAGGACAAGGCCUUCGUGGACCACUUCAAUGUCUUCCUGUCUCUACCCGUGUUCGGGCAACAAGCCAUCUACAGCUUCAGGGAGAAAGAGUUCGAAUUCGAUCCCCCAAUCCGGCGCCGUCGAUACUUCAUCCACCGACGGUCUGUGAUCAACUGGUUGCGACUGGAGCGGUUUCCCUACUUCCGGCAGACCCGCCUAUACGUGGAAUACCUACUUUGCACUAGACUAAGGGAGGUCGGCUUCCACGUGCAGGAUGCAUCCGGAAAAGAUCAGCCGGAAACACCCGAGGCGACACGAGUGUUCACGGUGAACCUUCUGAGUCACGUGGUGGGCACGCAGCUAUUCCGGGAGUCGAUGCGCGGCACCAAUGGCGAGAGAGUCUACAACUGCUGGGUGGACAUUGGAACCUUAAAGCAAACCACGGACCCCAUUCGGCAACGACAACAGUUUCAACGCAUCAAUAAGUUGUACAUCGCCGACGGUGGUCCCCAGGAUCUUAAUGGGAACAAGAAAUAUCUCGUUCAGUAUGGGCAACUGAAUUUCGAGAUUUUGGACAAGAACAUAACAGAGGUCAUAGGAACGUUGUCAAGGCUGCCAUACACUGACGAUGUGUUUACUCUUGACGCCGAGGACGCCUUGACGACGCUACAGGGGCACCUGCUGGAGCUACUCAAGGGGUACUGGGUCCCUCGCCACGUGCUGCACGUGCUCAACACAACCAACGUUGAAGUCCUGAAGCCACUCUUCAGCAGGUGUGAGGGCGAAGAUUUAAGUUUUGACGAGGUGGACCGAAUGGUCAGGUGUCGCCGGAUGUUCCCGAGGUUUGUCAUCGCUCAGCCGGAAGCUUUUGCCGUCCCCACGGAAGUGUUCGCAUCCAUCACAGAGAAGGAUGACCCUCGCCUACCGCAACCCUCUCCCGACGUGUUCGAACCCAGGGAGGUGAAACUGGAUGAUCUGCUAAAGCUCUGGGGAGGAUCGGCUCUAAAACCCCCGGAGGAGACCGCUCCCGAAUUAGAGAGCUAUCCAGUGUCCAGGCCGUGGUCAGCGGUGUCGUGGGCAGAAGACGAAGACACCAAUGUCACCCCAGAUAGUCCAUGCAGGGAGUGGAACUCGAGUUCACCAGAGGACAACAUCGACAACACCAGGACACCAUCAGGGUCGUCUGUGUCGAAUUUGUUACAACAAACAUCGAGCUUUCAUAUCACGGACAACAGCCCCAGUCGGAUGGUGCUGUCCAGUAUAGACCCAAAGAAGCUGAGUAGCAUGCCGCUUCUCCUUAAAACCUAUGUGUUAGGGCGGAGGGAUUACAAGACCAAUGCUCCGCGAGUGAGUAAUCGCAUCCUUUGCGCGCUUGUGUCAGACAACCUGGCUGGGUCUCCGUUCUUGCAGUUCCUUCAGAAGUCUAAUAUGGUCCACGACAUCAAUUAUCUCAACUUCUGGGACGAUGUGAGGACUUAUUUGAGGACGGAUGACAAGUUGAACAGUCACGGCAACAGCAGUAAGAAGGUCAUGGCGAGAAAGCUGACAGAGCGUUAUCUGUUGGCGUCUGAGGACGAGGCCAUUUUCUCUGAGGGUCUCAAGAUGGCAUUGUUGAACGCUCUCUCGAGUGGAGAUGAUGAGUCGCUGUUGUUUUCCGCGCACGACAUCGUUUCCAGUAGUCUCAAUAUUUCAUGGAAGAAGUAUGCUCAGAUUGACAGACGGAAGUUCGUCAGGACAGCGUGCGGCAAGCGGUUCAUGUUAUUUGUCAAUCGUCUACAAUCCCCUGUGCCACGCGUGCGGAUCCCAACUGGGGAUGCAGACCCCUUGUAUUUUUUGGACGCGCGUCAACGCGUUCAAAAUAAAGUCGACAGCGAAUGCAGCUCCGACUCAGCGUCGCCCGUUCCCCAGUACGACAACGUCUACGUGAAACCCCUCGGUGAGGAUCACAGGACAAAAGCAUUGGAACACACAGUGAUGUCCUCAGAAGAUGGUUCCUUGGUGCCAGCCACGAGCACUGUGGCGGAUCUUGUAUACACCGUCAACAGCAACUUCGGCAGUCUCGACCUCGGACCAGGCGACAUCGUCAGACAAGAGCACCUGAAGCGUCUGGUGUGUCCGGAGAAGAUUGACAUUAAAACCAUCAAAGUGUCCCGGAAGGUCAUCCUGCCAAACAUGUGCUUCUCAACGUCCGAGGCGAAUGCCCGGAAAGGUAACAGGUUGGUCAUCCGGAGGAAUGGAUUGAUCAUCAGAAGGCCGAGUAAACCCAGAUCGUUCAUGGAGGUUCUCCUCAAAACAAGCCAUUUUGAGUUUUUCAAGCGGUUCCUUGCGGCCCGGAAGGUCAUCGUUCCCCUACAGUUCUGGCGCGCCGUGGAGGACCUGAAGGAAACGGCCAACUUCAAAGCCAGACACAUGAAGACCAUCCACAUCUUCAGGAGAUUCUUCGGCAAACAGGCCAAGUAUGGCGCGAACCUGGAAUGCAGCGAUGAGGUGAUAAAACAGAUCCCGUACAUGGAUCACGUCACGUACGGCAUGAUGGUGUGCGCCCAGGUCAGCGUCUUCAGGACGAUGGAACGGAAUUGGUUUCCGGGAUAUUUGGAGACGUUCCCAGUCGAUUCACAUCUUCGCGAAUCCAUGCCCUCCUCGACUGACGUCUCGUAUCAGGAAGAUGAGACGAUGAUGAUGGACUGGAAGCCUCGGAGGAGACCUCGGAGGAAAACGUUCCGACUCUGGUUUGGCUUUGUCAAUGUUAUCCGCAACUUCCUGCGCAGCCUGCAGAAUAUUGUAGAAGUUCAACUUUUCGAGAUCUACUUGAAGCGAGAACUGGACCGACUUUCUUCUGCUGAUAAGAUAACGGAGACGCGCGAGGUGAUAUCCCGGGGCCGCGAUCACACCUUCGACCCCCCUCUGUCUACCAUGACGCGUGUUGUUCUUCGCAACAAGGUUGUCAUCAUCAACAAGCUGCCUAGAGACCUUCAGUUCUGGCUGGAGGUGAACCUAUUCAGACAACAGGUGGACGGCGUGGUCCACUCGGGGACCUACUCCAAGGAGGACAAUGAUAUGCUCGUGGAGAAGGCAGAAGCUAUUAUCACGUGCUUCCUGUCGUCGGAAGUCCCGCCUCGGGUUCAGGUGAACGUCCCAAGCGAACUUGCCGCCACCAUCGCACACAAUUUCCUCAUUGCUGGGCCCCAGAGGGGCAUUUUCCACGAGGCGACUGUCCAACUCUUCCCCAUCCUGUACCACUUUUGGAAAAAGUUCUCUACAGAAUGGCUUGAAAAGAUUGACCCCCGAGAGUUGUUGCGCCGUAUCGGAGAAGAGGAGACGAGACAAAACUAUUACUCCCCCCACCACGGCCAUGAAGCUCCCGUCGACUACACCAAAGCUACAUUGAAGGACUACCAGAUACAAAGUAAUGACGAUGAUCAGUUCCGGAUCAACUUUUCCCUUUUCAACGGGAUUCGUGUAUUGCUGCCCAAAACAAAGGGACACCGCAAGGUCGAGGACGAGCCUGCAAUCAGGGGCCACUCGGUAUCGCCACGGAAGCUGAGCUUUAUCACCAGCCGCCCCUCGGGGAGAAAUCUCAACACGGCCCUCAGUAAACCUCGCAGUUCACACAGGGAUUCUGGGAGUGUUGGAAAGGAGAAAGAUGGCAGCCGAUCGUCAGCCGAACAGGAACAGGAAUCGCCACGUAUGGAUGCCGGAAGGUUAAAAGCUCGGCGAUUAAGUUUGCUGGUGGAGGGUCUGAACAUUCAGCAAGGUCAACCACCCCGUACUAGCCCUCCUCGGGGUUCCCAAUUCACCAGACCUAUGAAGACCCUCCUUGAUGUUGUAAACAUGGCGCAGGUGCUAGGGACAGAUGAAUAGGAAUCUUUCUUCUAGCUGAAUACUGUCAAGUGCAAUAUGUUGCUUAAUCACAGCCAAUUAGUGCUCCUAUUUGCUGUCUGAGAUGUGAUUUUAUUUCGGAAUAGGCCAUCCAACCCAUAAUACUUUUUUUCACAAACAAUUGUCUGUUUAGAGGAAAUAACAAUGGCAUUGUAAAUGAGUUUUUUCUAAUAUCGUUUUGAAUGAAUUUUAGAACACCAUUCCGAAGAUUUUGAUAAUAACUGUAAACUUUAUACAUUUUGGCGAAACACAUUUAACAUACAUUCAUAAUAAACACAUACAUGUAGAAUAAGUUCUUUUAGUAUAUAUUGUACUUUAUUUCAAUUUGGUACAGGUGGAAAGGAGUCGUGGAUUGUUCCUGGAACAUAACCCUCUAUGAAUACGGCCCCUAGGCUACUAGACCAGGGCCCACUUGC